UAUCAUGUAAACAAACGUGGUGUAAACACAUGUAUUUUACGUUUGCCAAAGGAUUGUGUUAUUUAAGUUGAUUAAUACUAACAGGUAUUACGGAUACACUCGUCUGCAAGGGCAAUUGACACUUGGAAGUACAGUGAUUCAAGAAAGUUACAAAAAACAAAAACGAAAAUGGAAGUAGAGAGUACCGAAGAGUCCAGAGUAGAUCCUGGAGCAGCCAGCGUAACAGAGGAGAAAAAAUCAACGGAUAAUCCCGAGACUCAGGAAAAGGCCAGCGAAUUGCCAUCUACUUCAAGUGAAGAUGGGGCCAGCAGUGCCAGUGGGGCGUCGUCCAGUGCAGAAAAGAAAAAGAAGGAGCCCUUGUGCAUUAUUGUCCUGGGGAUGGCAGGAUCGGGCAAGACCACGUUUGUGAAGCGACUCGACUCUUAUCUGAAUGUCAGAAAACCACAUUAUGUGAUCAAUCUUGACCCUGCAGUUGACAAAGUUCCAUACAUGUCAUAUAUUGACAUACGAGAUACUGUCAACUACAAAGAAGUCAUGAAGCAGUAUGGCUUAGGCCCCAAUGGUGGCAUUGUCACAUCUCUUAACCUUUUCUCCACAAUGUUCGAUGAUGUAUUGAAACUGUUGUCAAAGAAGGAGCAGGACCUAGACUACAUAAUAUUUGAUACUCCAGGACAAAUUGAAGUCUUCAACUGGUCUGCUUCUGGACCAAUAAUAGCAGGGGCUCUUGCAGCCACAUAUCCAACAGUAAUUGUUUACGUCUUAGAUGUUGUCCGCUCAACCAACCCACAGACUUUCAUGUCAAACAUGUUGUACUCUUGUUCCAUCCUGUACAAAUACAAACUACCUUUUAUUAUUGCCAUGAACAAGAUAGACAUCGUCAGUUGCAAAUACGCCCUGGAUUGGCUUCAUGAUUUUGAUGAAUUCCAGGAUGCUCUUGCUUCUGAGUCUAAUUAUGCUUCAAACUUGACCCGGUCACUGUCUCUUGCGCUAGAGGAAUUUUAUAGCAAUAUUAAGGCCUGUGGAGUUUCUGCUUUCACUGGGGAGGGUAUGGAUACAUUCAUGAAACUAACAGAAGAAGCUGCAGUUGAAUACGAAGAAUAUCGGGCAGAAUAUGAAAUGAUGAAGGCAAAGAAGAAAGAAGCUGAAGAGCAAAGGCAGAAAAGCAGUCUUGAUCGCAUUGAAAAAGACCUACGGAAAGAGGGCCUGUGUUCUGUAAGGAGAUCAAUCAGAGAAGACACGGAGAUAUUCCUCACCCACGAUGAAGAGGAAGAGGACGAAGCCUUGGAUGAAGAUGACACAGAGGAGAAAAGAGAACUCGAGUCCUUCCAAGAGUUUUUAGCGAAGCAGAAGGUCAAGAGGGAAAACCAGAAAAUGCAGCAGCAGCCUAAUUCAUAAUGCUUUUGAUGCAUUCGGCAGAUUUUAGAGAUGUCGGUUUACUUAAUUGUGAUAAUGUGGGGAGACUCACCAAAUUUAAAACUUUUUGUUUUUAAAAUCAGCAAUAUAAGUAUUAUGUUUGGGCUUCAGAUGAUGACAAUGUACAGUUUAUAAUUUUACAAGUGAGCCAAGAUUCAUUAGAGUGCAACACAGUUGUAGGCUAAAUAUGAAACAUAUUUUGUCAAAUUUUCAUUUAAACCACUCCAUAAAAGUAAUUUGUCAAGAUUACAACAUACAAAAUCAGGAUCUUAAUAUUGUAAAAAAAAAAAUUGUCAUCAGGAAAUUUGUUAAAGUGUUGCAAGAGGCUAAUAAUAAAUAUUUUGUAAAUA